AGGAGAGGCUGCGACAGACGUAGCAUAAUCCACCUCUCAUUCUCGGUCGAACGUUGAAGCCAUCACCAAUUGGCAAACGCCACGACACAGGCGACACAAACAUAGACUUGCUUGCGCGUUUCCGCUUCAGACUCACGGCAGUCGCAUCGCCGCGGCGAUUCGGGAGCCUGCACUCUUCCCCAACAUGGCCGCGCAGCCAUCCACGUCCACGCCCACCGCGGCCGGCGCGACAGCAUCCUCCUCGGCCUCCACGUCCGCGCCUGUCUCCAACGAUCACGAUGGCACGCCCCGGUCCGUCGCAGCCAAGGCACUCCCCGUCCGGGACAGGGACUCGUUCAGUAAGCUGCAGGUCGAGCGCUACGUUACGCGCGAUUGGCACCACUCCGUCGCGAUGAAGGACGCCCAGGAGCGCUUCGAGAAGGAUAUGCAGCAGACGAGGGAUAAGAUCGAUGACUACAACAUCAUCAAGACCCAGCGCGCUUACUUCCCUCCGAGCAAACUAUACGGCGAAGGCUACCGCGGCUACGGGAACGGUUACACCGAUAUCGACCCGCGCAUGAGAGCGCCCUUUCCUGCCCAGGUCAUCUACCCGAGCCAGAAGCUGCGGCCGGGGAAACGCCAGUCGCAUCCGCUCCGAUGGAAGAAGAAGGAACUGAAGAAGCAGGCGGAGCAGCACGAAGAACUUGUGCCAAUACGGAUAGACGUGGACUGGGAAAAGAUCAAGCUUCGCGAUACCUUCACCUGGAACCUCCACGACAGGAUAAUCCCGGCCGAGCUUUUCGCGCAGCAUCUCGUCGAAGAUUUGGGCGUUCCCCUGGACGCCCAGCACAAGCCCGUUCUCGACCAAGUCAUCUUACAGAUACGCGAUCAGCUCAACGACUUCUACCCCCUGGUUUUCUCCGAAGAGGAUGCGCUCGACCCGGAGCUGCCAUACUCUGCUUACAAGAAUGAUGAGAUGAGGGUGCUGAUCAAACUAAACGUCACCAUCGGCGGUGUUACCUUGGUCGACCAGUUCGAAUGGGACAUUAACAAUCCUCUCAACUCUCCAGAGGAGUUCGCCGCCUCUAUGACUCGCGAUAUGUCGCUGUCGGGCGAGUUCACUACUGCCAUCGCACACAGCAUUCGGGAACAAUGUCAACUUUUCACACGGAGCUUAUACAGCGUCGGGCACCCCUUCGAUGGCCGCCCCGUCGAAGACCCCGAUUUGGUCGCCGCUUUCCUGCCAUCCCCGCUGCCGUCCGUCUUCAGGCCCCAGCAGCAGGCCAAGGAGUACGCGCCGUAUCUGUACGAGCUCAGUGACGCCGAUUUGGAGCGCAACGAGGUCAUCUUCUCCCGAGAAUUGCGGCGUCAAAAGCGUUCUAUCAACCGACGCGGCGGCCCGCAGCUUCCAGAUCUCAAAGAAAGACAGCGCACAAUCAGAACGCUCCUCGUAUCGUCCGUGCUCCCGGGGGCUGCCACGAAUAUCGAAGAGAGCACACUAUACAAACGUGUUGCCGGCGCGCCGACCACUCGCAAGAGGCCAGGGGCACGCGACGGCGAAGUGUCCGAUUCUGACGAUAGUGAAGACUCGGGGCCGGAUUCACCGGGUGUCUCUCAACUAGGUGGUGGUACGGCCAGGACCAGGGGCCUCCGCGGCGCUGCAAGUGCUGCUCAGCAAAGGAUUACAAAUCUGGGUCGUUCAGAAACCCCCGAGGCGAGCAUCGUCCACCACCACGAGACUCGCCGAAACGCCGGCCGGUCGAUGCGUGAUACCCGGGACGAGACCGAAGAGCCUACUCAGCUGAUCGUCACGUUGAAGGUCGGAAAGGACAAGCUGAGGAGACUGCUCCAGAAUCCGAGAGCAAGGUUCACGCCAAGCGGAUCACAGACCCCAUCAACGCCCGCACAUGCUCGCAUACCCAGCGCAGCAGCUGCUGCGGCGGCGGCGGCGGCGAGCUCGAUGCCUCCGCCGUCUACGCCGGCUUCCAACAGCCAGGCACUUCCUACUACGCUUGGCACGCCUCUACCUCAGGGCCAGAUUGGCCGACAACCUGCACCACCACCCGUCGCCGGCCAACCGCCACCACCUGCUCCUCCGCCCCCUGAAUGGCUCAAGAACUGCUUACAACAGCUCAAGACUACGUACCCCUUUGACAACUUUGAGGGCAUGAUGAAGUACUCGGCCAUCAAUCCGGACACGGAGAUGCCCAUAUCCGUGCCAGCAGGAUCGCAGCCUCCAGAGGGUGCCAAAUGGAUGUUCCUCCCACGCAUUCGUUGCCUCGACUGCCCCGGCAAGCUGUAUACUCCUGGUCCUGAAAUGACGGCCGGCAACUUCGAGGUCCACCUGCGAAAUAAGCAGCAUCGUCAGAAGGUCGACGCCAGAGAGGGCAAGGAUACGUCACAGUCAGCUACUAGCACGUCAUAGGACGACUGCGUAUGCGUAUCAAGGGACUGAACGCUCGGGCCGGCUCAGUCAGAACGCAAAGAAGCCAUUUAGCGUCACGGCUCGAAAAGACUGCCGUCCUGCCUACCACCGCUCGUCAGCGGGUGCUAAAGGGAAGGGCUAAACGAUGGCGCACGGGGAUCAAUGCCUGGUGCCCUCGAAGCAGCAUCUGCAACCUGUCGGCCAGUCCAUACCUUGCCUACCGAAAUAUCACUUUCGUUCAGCUCGUAGAACAACAUCGGCGGCUCCACGGACAAUCCCUGCGCAGUUGGGAUACAAUUCUUAAGGUUGACUACGUCCCAGCCUUGUACAAGAAACCUCAUCUUCAUUUAUCAUUUCAUGUCUUGCUUGUAGAACAAAAGCCACUAUUGCAUAGGCAUCAUGGUUAUGGUCAGAAGUCGCCUACGGGGGAGGACGGAGGAAGAAACGCAAGGCAGUUGGGUACUAGAACGAUUUUUUCUUUGGCUGAAGACUAUUGUUUUAAAAAAAAAACAGGUUACGGAGUUCAGAUCCUGCUGGCCUGGCAGGAUAGGAAUUGGCUGGAGUCUUUUUGUGAGUGUUUAUAAGGAGCGACUGUAAGAGGGGGUGAAUAGGUGAGAAGCUGGCCUACUUUACUUUACCUUGGAACUGCAUGCCUAACUAUGGUGAGUGCAGCUUCUCUGGGAGGCCUGUCGGUAGUAAGAAUAAUACCACAAAGAAGCUCAAGACAGUGACA